ACUUCAAAUGGAUAUGUUCUACCUGCGUCACGAAUAGUAUUCAGCGCAUAGUAUAAGAAGCCGUCUUCCUACCGUAUCAUUCACAUCGAUUUGACCCCAUAUCACAUCCUCACAAACAAUGCAUCUCCCCUCUGUCGUCGCCGUUGCUUCCGCUUUGAUAGCAUUAGUAUCUGCUGGUCCCGUUAACAUUGAUAGGAGCGAAGAGUGUCCUAUAUCGUGCGAGACACAAGAUUGCUGCCCUGGGCAGGAAUGUAUUCAGGAGGGCAUCGGCGUGGUAGCCCAACUGGUCAUGCGAAUGAAUGCCAUGUCAACUACGGUGAGUGGUAUUUCUACUUCAAUCAGCAUCGGUGCAGAUGAUGGCUGAUGGCACGACAUAAGAAUUAUUACUAGUUUGAUCAAUGUCUUGGUUCUGAACAAAUUUGAGAGUUUUGCAGUCUCGUUGUACGCUUGGACAUAAAAGCCUCGAUGGCACCACGACUCCUCCCCUCAUAGGAUCCUAAAAUCCUUGAAAUGGGAAGAAGGAUAUCUGGGUGUGCAGGACGUGGUGCGGAAGACGGAAUAUGACAGUUACGCAAUCUCCAAAAA